AUGGCUUCUCACUUUAGCGGCGUCCUACAGCUGACAGAUCUAGACGAUUUUAUCACCCCUUCUCAGGAAUGUGUCAAACCAGUAAAAGUAGAGAAGAAGCAAGGAAAGUCUGUGGCAAAAAUACAGAUAGAAGAUGAUGGCAGUUAUGUUCAAGUCAAUCUGGAUGGUGGGAAGCAGAAACUGGAGAAAGCAAAGAUCUCACUGAAUGACUGCUUAGCCUGCAGUGGCUGUAUCACUUCAGCUGAGAGCGUCCUCAUCACGCAGCAGAGUCACGAGGAGCUUUUAAAGGUGCUGCGGAACAACAAGGCCAAAGAACAAGAGCAGAAGAUCGUGGUCGUGUCUGUGUCACCACAGUCCAGAGCCUCCCUUGCAGCGCACUAUGGUCUCAGUAGUAGUGAGGCGGGGAAGAGGCUCACUUCUUUCUUUAAAGGCCUGGGUGUACAUCAUGUGUUUGACACAAGUUUUAGUCGGAGCUUCAGCCUGCUGGAGAGUCAAAGAGAGUUUGUUGAGCGGUACCUGAGGAGAGAGCAGGAUAGUAAAUCCCUGCCCAUGCUAACGUCUGCCUGUCCAGGUUGGAUCUGCUACGCAGAGAAGACACAUGGGGAGUAUAUUCUUCCAUAUAUCAGCACCACCCGCUCCCCCCAGCAGAUGAUGGGCUCUCUAGUUAAAGGCUAUUUUGCAGGAGAGCAGGGGUGGAGUCCACAGCAGAUCUACCAUGUGGCUGUUAUGCCAUGCUUUGACAAGAAACUUGAGGCCUCUCGCUCGGAUUUCUACUUAGACCAAGCCGAGACCCGGGAAGUGGAUUGUGUCAUCACUUCUGGCGAGGUUCAGAAAAUGCUGGAGGAGGAAAAGGUUUCUCUUAAUGAUGUUGACCCAGCAGCCCCAGACACAAUGUUCAGCAGUGUGUGUGGGGAUCAGUUUCUGAGCCAUGCAGGGAGUGGUUCAGGUGGUUACCUCCAUCACGUCUUCACUUAUGCUGCCAAACAGCUCUUUGGAGAGGAGGUGAAGGAGCUCACUUACAAGACCCUUAGGAAUAAGGACUUCCAAGAGGUGAGACUGGAGAAAGAUGGUGAAGUCCUGCUGUGCUUUGCCUCAACUUACGGCUUCCGCAACAUUCAGAACCUUGUGCAAAAACUCAAGAGGGGGAAAUCGCCUUACCACUUCGUGGAAGUCAUGGCCUGUCCAUCAGGCUGUCUCAAUGGUGGGGGGCAGGUGAAGCCCUCUUCUGGUCAGAUCCAGAAGGAGGUUCUCCAGACAGUGGAGCAGCUCUACAGAGAAGAGCGCCCCCUGCUGCCAGAAGACGAUGCUCAGGUAGCAGACCUGUACAAGUCCUGGCUGCACAGCGUGGGGGAAGAAAGGGCCAAAGAACUGCUGCACACACAGUACCACGCUGUGGAGAAGAUGACCAACGGGCUCACAAUGAAAUGGUGA